AAGUUCAACAUAUGAAAAUGAACAAGAUGAACAGAAUCAGCUGUUUAAGUUCAUUUUGCGAGCCAUAAAAUCCAGGUAGCCCUUGUUUUUGAAGGGUGGCAAAUGUUGUCAAAAUUAAUUCGAUUAUGUGCAUUUCAAAGAAGUUUGUUGUGAAGUUGGCUGUAGUUUAGUAGAAAAUUUAGCUAGUCGCAAACAAGUAUGUCGUUCGAGUGUCUUCCACUGGAAAUUCUACAAGCCAUUCUGGACUUUUUGACUUUUGAAGAGCUUCUGGGCCACAGCUUGGUAUGUCGCAGAUGGAGCCAGGCAGCGGCCAGCCUCGUUUCCAGAAGAAGCUGGCUCGUGGUCCACGCUCAGCGUGCUCGCACCAUUGGAGUGCUGCAAGAAAGCCAGCGAAAUUACACCAACGUGCUGAUUCAUCAGCUGAACCAGGGAGAACCGCUGGAAUCGGUGUUGGACGUGUGCUCUGGAAAGAUUCGACUUCGAAGGCUCAAGAUUGACCGAGCUCCAGUCGAUACACUGUACUGGUUUAGUCAACUUUACACGAGCUGGUUGGAGCACCUAGAAGAAGUCCACAUUUCCCUGGAUCAUCGCUACCUGAAGCAGGACACGUGCAGUGGCAAAAGCUACAACAUAGCGCUUCCAAAGCUGAAAGCUUUAAACUGGAGCGAAAAUCACCUGCGCCGCGGCAAUCGAACGGUGACGAUCAAAGGACCACGCCUUAGAAAAGUUUCCGUUAACGAUAGCUUCGGAAGCAAACUAAACUUAAUUCUACCCGACUGUGAUACAUUAGACACUGUAGAGUGUACGCUGUAUAGAAAGAAUUUCUCCGAUAUAUUUAAAUGCUCGUUCACGCAUUUGAACACCUUAAUUCUGCGGAUUUACAACACGGUGCAGAGCGUCGAGUUUCUCACCCAUCUUAAAAGCCUGAAGCGGUUCAGCUUGUCACUAGAGUACGAAAAAGAACUGCUUCCAACGCUAUUCGUAGAUACUGUCGACACCAUCUGCGAGUACAAGCGACUAGAAGCUCUACAGCUGCACGUCAUGAACAAUGAAAGUACCUUAUGCUGCGUCAGCCUAUCGCAACUGGCGGAAUCACUAGCCCGACUUAAAAAGCUAGAACUAAACAACGUGUGCUUAAAAUCCACCAACAAAAUUCUCGACUUCCAGCAGCUUUCCCUGAUCAAGUUAACAAACAUUGUGUUCAAAAACGGCUCCGACUUCCUAGUUCUAGACUACCCAAAACUCCAAAAUAUCUCCGUUUCCGUUUCGCUCCUCCCGAAGCUAGUCAUUCAAGCGAACAAAUCGAACGACACGCUGUUCGUCAACCUGGACGCGACCAGCUUCGCCAAAGCCGUCGAUUUGUAUCUGGUACAGUUUCUGCAACGUACGGACCACAUCCGGCGGUUGGUGCUCUUUAAGACGGACUGCUACGACACGUGUACGGACGGAAACGUGCCGCAUGCGACGACGCUGGGUGUGGAGAGUCUGAGCUUGGUUAAUUUAAACACGUCGCUCGAGUGUGUCGAGAGUGUGGGGAAGUGUUCGCGGUUGAAGCACCUCUACCUCUCCAAAUGCAGCCUCUCGAUCCCAAAGGACUCGGAUCGCACGCUGUUGCUAGACCAACUGGACACGUUAUCCCUCCAGUGGGUCCAGCUGGACGACCGCACGCGAAAACUCUUCCCAAUCGUAGGCCAUCCGGACCAGCAGAUCAUCGGCGAAGAAGUUUACAGCACGCUGACCGUGUUCAACACCGUUCUGCGUUCAACCGCCGAUUUCGACCCCCUCGGCUCGAUUGAUCUCUUCCCACGCUCGGGAGUGUAAAUAAAACCUUCACCAAAGUGCUAUAAAAUUCAUUUCUGUUAACGCCAAAGAGAGACGUUUAAAGACAUUAGUCACUGACUGACACAUUUAAAA